AUGAGCGAUUCAAGGCUCUCGGCGACGCUGCGUGGCGGUGGUGCGUACGACGAUGCAGCACUGAUAGCCGCCAAAACAGACUGCAUCGAGCUAACCGACGAGGACGAAGACAGCGUGACGUCCACCAUCGAGGCGCUGCAACACCGACUGAAACGACUCGCGGAGCGCAAGGACGAGGGCGACGGAGUGCACUGGCCAGCAGACGAGCUGAUCCAGUCCACGAGUGCCACCGAGUUCCUCUCCUACUUCUCGUACGGGCUCACACCUGGCGAGGUCCGCUACCUUAUUUAUUGCUAUCUCAAAUCCACCAGCAUGAGUGUACCGAAAGCACUGGAGGGACUCACAAGAACAGUCCACUUUCGUAGAAAGCAGAACUUGGAUAAGAUGGCGCUCUUUCCAUGUUUGAUUAGCAUGAGUGGGUUCGAUCAACUCUCCAUGUGCGAGGAGUUGGGCAUCCCUUUUAUCCACAACUUGACCUCUGGCAAGCGCUACGUUGACGCAGAGGGUCGCCUUCGGUUGGAGCAGACCCAAAUGGACUACUACAACGUGCCGUACGACGACCUCUAUGCCCACCUCACCACCGGCGCCGAGAACCCGACUGCUGCCUCUCUGCUAACCCCGUGUACCCUCGGCGACUCGGCCCCUGCGUUGGAAGACGGAGCCAGUCGUGGCACCAACGGGAGUAGCCGAAAUGCUCGGGGGGCUAGGGAGGAAAACCUCGGCUCUCGGCGAAAUUUCGUGGCCUCCCUAACCGGCAACGACGGCGAUGCGCGCAGGAAGGAGUCGGGUGUGGGCGAAAACAACAACAAGAGUACGAGUGCCAACGGCAUUUUUGCCAGCCUGCGAGCUUUCAUUCCUUUCCAUUUGUUUGACCACGCCAAGGACAAAGAAAAGCCGAACCAGUCGGAGCCGCACUCGCGCACGGACAGCUUUGGGUCACGAAGCCCAGACCGGCGACAGAUGGGUGGUUUCUUUUCGUCCCAGUCGCUCAGCGGCGGCAGCCACAGCGGCAGUUUCAACGGCGACGACGACGUGGCGGAUGAUCAGUCCGCGGCGAAUCAGGGCGCGGUCUUACUGAACCCAACCGCAACUGGUGAAGCGCUGACGGGCAACCCCUACACUCUCUACGCGGAUAGCUUGAACUUCCACGGCAUCUUGGAGCCGAUUGUUGCGGUGAUAACGAAGCACGUACCCUUCGCGUUUCACUACUGGGACCGCGACGGACACCCGAUCAUGUACUGUCGAUUGGGUGGCUUGAAUUCGAAGCGGUUGAUGCGUGACCUUUUUGCCCUCACCCCGAUCGACGCCGAACCACGUGCCCUGGCGCUCCUCUUCAACACCUACGCCCUCGCCGUUCUGUGGCAGCUCAUCCGCUAUUGUAAUCGAAAAAAUCAGCAAAGCAAUCAAAUCCACGAUGCCCUUCUCUCCGAUGUGCAACGAGGCGACCGCAGCAGGAGUGCCUCUCGGCAGGCGGAGGGGUUGUUCCGCAAGAAGGCGCCGAUGGGCUCGUGCGUGGUCGUUGUAGACUGCGCUGGGCUUCACCUUCAUCGCUACCUAUACAAACCCCUCAUCGUCAUGGUCAAGUCGAUUGUGAGUUUGAACGUGCGGCACUACCCAGAGCUUCUACACCAUGCGUACGUCACAAACUGCCGUGGCAUGAUGAGUUUCUCGUAUUUGGUGAUUCGCAGCUUGCUGAGCGAGGAGACGCGGCAGAAGGUGACGUUUUGCAGUCAGCACAAUAGCGCAUCCACGCUGCUGGAGAACAUCAGCAGCGACUUGCUUCCGCAGGAGUUGGGCGGCAAGUGUCAAUGUCCGGGUGGUUGUAUUCCGUCCAUCGCGGCGACCAUGCGAGGGGCGGAAACGAGCUCGUUGACCCCGGGCUGGCGAGAUCGGCAAUCUCCCUCGAUGUUCCCCACUGAGUCGAGCAGCAUGGAGCAGACGGGCGACCACGCGGACGAGAACGAGCUCACCAUGCACCGCCUCCACUGCACCGUCGAGAAGCUGAACAUGUGGCCGCACGCGUCGCGGACGCUCUCCUUCGCCAUGGACGCACACACGGAGAUUAUUUGGGAGUUUGCGGUGAAGAAGCAGCGGCGAGUAACAUUCUCCGUCGUCUUCGUCUCUGCGGCGGAUGACGGGGCAGUGAUGUCGCUGGUGCCGCGUCGACGCGUGCAGAGCGAUGCGGGACAUUACAUCUGUCCUUCGUUUGGCACCGUCAUCUUUCGAUGGAGCAACAAACGUAGCUACUUUCGCCGCUGUCGCGUCAACUUGAAAGUAUAUCGGGAGGAGCAAACCGUGACGUCAAUGCAGGUAUAG